AUGGCGGACGGGCCGACGCAAGAGCAGACCAAAAAGGCGGCAUUUGCUGUAGCUGCUACCUCCAAGUAUCCCAACUACUUGGCCGAUCGUGAUUUGUGCAGACGUUUCUUUGAAGAGUUUCGUGAUGCGUCUGGCGGGAUGAAAUACAUGGAUAUGGCGGCUCGGGUAGCCCGUAGGGAGACAAACGUUUUCACUGUUGAUCUAGAUGACAUACAACUUUAUGGGCAGUUGUACCUGGCGCAGCGAAUCCAAAUGAAUGUCAUGGGGUACCGUGAAGAGGUGUAUCGCGUUGUGGAUGAGAUAAUUCCGGAGGCUUAUUUCGAAGAAGAUAUGAUUGAUCACCUUAUUUUAGAGGCGCAGACAGCGGGACAGCAUCUUCCUCCAUUACUUACGAGACGUUACGAACUGGUUGUGAUGCCCUUAACUAGCUUCUCUGAGCCUGUGCCUCUCAGGCAGUUAAAGGGGGGUUUGAUAGGCACACUCGUUGUGUUGCGUGGAAUUUGUAUUGCCGCAACAGCUGUACGCCCCAAGCUAUCAAUGUUAGUAUCUGUCUGCGAGGUGUGUGCUGAGACCACAUUUCAGCAAGUUAUUGGGGAUCGCCUGACCCCGCUAAUGGUGUGCCAGUCACAGCGCUGCAGGUUGAACAAUACCGUAGGUCGUCUGCUCCCUCAGUAUAAGGCAAGUAAGUUCACCAAGCACCAGGAGCUUCGUUUACAGGAACUUCCCCAGUACGUGCCCCGAGGUGCCAUUCCUCGUACGAUUCGUGUCAUUUGUGAGGGUGAGCAGACACGAAUAGCAACCCCAGGACAGGUUGUAAAGGUUGUGGGGACGUAUUGCCCUGAUCCGUCUACUGGGCAAGGCCAUGAAGCAUUUAGGGCAUCAACAAUGGUGAAGACUCUAUUUCGCGCUCUGCGCAUUGAGUUGGAAAGGCGCAGCUAUCAGGAGGCUGCAGAUGACCUGAAGAUUCAGGUAGAUAAUGUGAAGCAGCAUCCCGACAAGGAGGUUGUUAUUGAGAAGCUGACGCGAAGCGUGGCACCAGAAAUCUGGGGAAUGGAGGAUGUUAAAAAGGCACUACUCUGUUUGUUGGUUGGGGGAAGUUCCAUUGCCAACGGGAUUCGCAUACGAAGUGACACCAACAUAUGCUUGAUGGGGGAUCCCGGGGUCGCCAAAAGUCAGCUUUUGAAAUGGAUUGCUUCGGUAGCCCCUCGUUCUAUUUUUACAACAGGGAAGGGCAGUUCUGGUGUUGGUUUAACGGCGGCUGUGACUAGAGAUACUUACACCGGAGAGGUGAUGCUUGAGGGUGGCGCAUUGGUUCUUUCGGACCGGGGUAUUUGCUGUAUUGACGAGUUUGACAAAAUGGACGAUAGCGAUCGGACAGCGUUACAUGAGGUAAUGGAACAACAGAUGGUGUCUAUAGCUAAAGCUGGGAUAAUUACUUCGCUCAAUGCCCGCACAUCUAUUUUAGCCGCCGCAAACCCCAAGUAUGGACGUUGGCGCCGCAACUUGACACCGAGUGAGAAUGUAAAUUUACCUCCCGCGCUACUUUCUCGUUUCGAUGUCCUUUGGCUUCUGCUUGACGAAUCAAACCGGGAACGGGAUGCAGAACUUUCGAUGCACGUAACCUAUGUUCAUUUGCACGGUGUGGCACCAGGGACGGUAUCCGACAAUGGGUUUUACGGUUUGUCAAGUGACUACUUUGGAAAGGAUUUCCUGCAGGCAUACGUUGGUGAAGCCAAAAAAAUUCACCCUAUUGUUGACAGCUCUGCAGCAAAGGUUAUCAGUGACAUUUAUUGUGAAAUGCGGGCUCAGAGUGUUCGUCACACAAACGUUGUUACCGCGCGGACACUACUCAGCAUCAUUCGCCUCUCGCAAGCAUGCGCGCGACUCCGCUUCUCCGACCGUGUCGUUGAAGCUGAUGUACGAGAGGCUGGUCGGCUUUUAGACUGUAGUAAGAUUUCGCUACAAGAACGUGUGGAUACCGGUGGGCGGCGCAUGGUGACAACAUCUGAUGCUGCAAUUUUCUCGACCAUUAAGGAAUUGGCUCGUUCCAGGGGGUCGAUUGAUUUGGCUGAGGUGCGACCGGCUCUUAUGAUAAAAGGUAUUGACGAGUCACAUUUACAACGCUGUUUGAACACUUACGCGGACGUGGGUGUGUGGGAAGUGAGCGGGAACACUGUUCACUUUUCACUGGAGUGA